UGUGAUAUGCACUGCCGAAGAACUGCAGUGCGUGCCAAGUCCUAUCUUGUAUAUAUACGCACACACGAAUCAGGAUCUUUUGUUCGUUCGUCGUCCAUUGCAUUCCGGUGCGUCGCUGGCAAACAAAAGAGACUGAUUAGAUUAGGCAACAGGCUCACCAUCUAUCAUUACCCUGUGUGGGAUCGUCAUCUUGGGGGUACAAAAACGGUGGCAAAGCAAACGCAACUAAUAGCCUUCCUCGCGAAGAUGGUUAAGCGGAACCUGUUCCUGAUGUCAUCUUCGGCGGUGCAUGGAUUCGGAUAUCUGGAACAUGCCCAAACGGAUCUGACAAGCUUUUUCGAGAGCAAUAGCGUACAGAAGGUACUGUUCAUCCCUUACGCCCUUACCGAUUACGAUGCGUACACGGAGAAGGUUGGCAGCGUGCUAAAGCGCUGGGGCUUCAGCUGCAAAGGGAUCCACACCUAUCCCGACCCGUGCGCAGCGGUACAGCAGGCAGAAGCCAUCUACAUCGGUGGUGGCAACACGUUCCUACUGUUGCGGACGCUGUACGAGAAGCAGCUGAUCGACCCGAUCCGCGAUCGGGUCCUGAACCACGGUGUACCGUACGUGGGCAGCUCGGCCGGUACGAAUGUGGCGACGCGAAGCAUUCACACGACGAACGAUAUGCCGAUCGUUUAUCCGCCCAGCUUCGAAGCGCUGGGCCUGGUACCGUUUAACAUUAAUCCGCACUACAUCGAUCCGGAUGUGAACGGGACGCAUAAGGGUGAAACGCGCCCGGAACGUAUCAGCCAGUUUCACGAGCUAAACGAUGCGCCCGUGCUGGGACUGCGCGAAGGUUCAACACUGUUUGUCGGUGGGGAAAGUGCAACGUUGAUCGGACCACCGACCGAGCUGCCGGGUGUCAGCUACGGUGCACGGUUGUUCCGCAAAAAUCAGGAACCGGUCGAGUUUGAACCGCUGAGCAGUUUGAGCUUUUUGAUGAAGGAGGACGCGUAACGAAGGAGAGGUAGGGUAUUUUGUACUGCCCACUGAGAGUUAAAAAUGAAAUGGUUAAAUGUUGUUGUUGUUUUAGGUGAAAAUUUUAAGCUACCCUAGUUGGGAAAUUUUGUGUUUCGAUAAUAAAGUGCAUGUUAUAAAAAAAAUAUCAUACAUA